AGAAAACUCGCGGCUUGUCCCGCAGAGUCUUGGGUGUCGCAGCACGGGAUGCUUGCACUGCUGAUGAUCACGGCGGCGCCUUUGUCGGAGAAAUGCAAACGCUCGGAGCGACUAGAAAACGGGGAGCUGAGACCGAGGCCCGGUACAGUCGAUUCACGACCAGUGGUAUCUGCAGUUUGUUCCAGCGUCUCAUCGUCCUUUCAACCGGAGUCUCCUCAGAUCGUCAGUAUGACCUGCGUAUCUUCGAGAACAACCUUCAUCCCUGCUCCAUCUGCUCUCUGCAGUGAGCAUCUCAACCUCGUCAAGACUUCUUCAUCGUCAUCGUCCGGCUGGUGCAGCGCCGCCCGCGCCGUGUGUUGCACGACCAUCGGAGACUUCGACGGGACGCUACUGCCUGGCUGCAUGUCCCCAAUCGCCUCCUACUCUCCCCUACUCCUCCGACCCACCAUCUCCAUCUCCCCGAGCUUCUGCUGCGAGACUAUCUCCUCGUCUUCGUCGUCGACUGUCGCCUCGAAGGCUGCGGCAGCAUCGGCAGUGGAGUCGCUCAAAUGGUGCGAGGCUCGCCGCAUCGGAUCCGAACCGGCCAACCUGCAGAGCUGGCUUUCGAUCGCCAGUCUCGCCGAGUCCCCCGGCUGCUAUUGCGGGGAGGAAGAGGAGGACGACGUGUUCACGGUCACCGCCUGCAGAGAGCUCGAGGGAGACUCGUGGAGCGCCUGUGAAGAUCUCGACGAUGAGGAAGAGGAGUUUUGGCUUGAAGGCUGGGAGGAGUUCAUUAUCCCCUCGCGAGAGAUCAGUCUCACGAGCGUCAUCUCACACAACUGCGAGGAGACCGUUUUCGGUGGAUACUGGCACGGCAGUGUCCAGGUCAUAUCCAGAGAGGCCAGAAGUGGCUAUGACACUCGGUGUUUCUGCCAUGAGGUGGCUGCCCUGAACAAGAUCAGACACGAGAGCAUCCAGCUCUUCAUGGGCAUCACCCUCGACAUGGGAGGAGGUCAUCUCGGUCUCGUUAUGAGUCCUCUGAAGGGUGAGUCGCUGCAUACCAGGCUCCACGUCCACUGCCACCAGUUCUCCAUGUCUUCCAAGUUCAAGAUUGUCAAGCAGAUCUGUGAGGGAAUGGAGUACCUCCACUCUAGAGGCAUCUCCCACGGACGUCUCUCUGCCUCCACCGUCUACAUCCACAACAGAGUCUGCAUCAGGUUCAGACCUCAGGUCUGUCUCCCUCGCUGCGUCCCGUGUGACGAUCUCAUCUCGCUGCCUCCCGAGGACAUACGAACUCUCGCUCACAGUGGAGGGAGUCUGGUCCUACCCAAUCCUCCCGCCCUCAAGCCGGACGUCUUUGCCUUUGGCACCCUAGUCUACGAACUGGUUCUUCUGGGGAAGCCAUUCAAGAACGUGCCUCGAGAGUGUGUCAUCUGGCGAGUCGGAAGCGGCCGGCUCCAGCCUCUCUCCCUCCUCCCCCGCGACAGACUGAGAGGGAUCAUCCAACGCUGCUGGAAGCUCAACCCUGACUCCAGACCCACCUUCAAGACCAUUCUAUCUGAUGUGGAACAGAACGUCCCAGUGUUCUCACCUCAGACUAGCAACGGACUCCAACGCUCCCUCUCCCUCCCUUCAGUCCUCACUGACCCUCCCUCCCCCACCCUCAUCUACUAGAGGACACACUCCCCCCCUCCCCUUCCCCGACCCUCGUCUACUGCAGGACACACUUGUCUAGAAAACACACUCUCCCAACAUCACCUACUGCUCUCCCCCUUCUCGUCUGGAGUACGCGCCUCGACCGCAUCUACUAAAAGACACACUACCCCUCCCACCCAUAUCUACAAGAUGACACUCUUUUCCAACCUCUACUGGAGGACACACUACCCCUCCACCAACCCUCGACACUCUCUGCGAACCUUUCCCAAAGGACACACUCUCCCCUUCUCACACUUUGCCAUCACGGGCACCAGCUCUCCAGUCACUCUAUUACUCAACUGUCGGACCUGUUGUGUUGUGUUGUUGUCAUGACAUCAUCACAUAAUUAUCGCCAGAACUCCCCUCCUCAUCUCUCCACUGUGCCGACUAACUAACAUCUCCCACAUCGCCGCAUCGCAGCGCCACAUCGCAGUGCCACAUCGCAGCGCCACCACAAGCAACACUGACUUGUUCCAAGUCACUGGCAUCACUUUAAACAGUUGUCAUUUUUAAAACUCUUUCUCCGGGACUUGUUGUUGUAAUCGCGACACUGUUCCCUUCUCAGCUAUUUUUGUAUCAACUCCGUCAAACUCAGUUUCACUGGCUAGCCAUCACUCAUUCUCCUUCUGGUUGCUACACUCAAACACAGCCGUAAACCUUAUUUUUCCAGUAAUUUGCCACUCUAUAAUCAUAAACCAUGCUAUUUUUUCUUGUACCGCAUCACUUUAUAGUUUUGUGUACUGAGGAACCAUUUUUACUGCUUCAACAGCCUCACCCAAAUUUCUCUCUUUCAUCACUUUGCUGGCUGAACCAGUACACUAUAAUAUUAAUAAUUUAUACUUUCUCAGAUCACUCACUAUAAUAGCUAUAUAGGCUGCAAUAUUAUUUUUACUGUCCCAAACCGGUGGUUCCUCGUAAUAUCAUCUCAAUUGUGUUACAACUGCACCUUUUUACCUUUUUCACAGAGAGCAUCGUUCAUUUCAUCCGUCAGUCACUUUUUAUGCUGCCACACUUGUCGACUAAAACCUUUGCUUGACUGCAUUAUACAUGUAUGUAUAUUUUACCACACUUCACUUAAGAUAUUUUUUGUGUCUUGUACAAUCUCCCUCAUUCCACGACAGACCGUUGCAUAAUUCCGCCACUCAUCACCCGCCGCACAUUAUGUUAAAAAAUUAAUAAUGACUAUUG